UCUCUUCUGUCUUCUCAAAAAUCUUAAGUCAUUCGUGUUCGAUACGUUUCGACUAUAAGUCGAUGCUUCUGAUAUUUGAUUAAGUUAAAUUGCUACAGUCUCUUGAAUUAGAAUGGAAGAAUUAGGUAUUAUUUUGCCAGAUAAGGAUGUGGGUGAAAUCGAUUGUAAGCCUGUUACUGGUCACUACACAGGAGCUGGAGAUGAAUUGGAUGUUGAAGAUCUUUAUACUAAAUAUAAGAAACUGCAAAGAAUGUUAGAAUUUCUCGAAGUACAAGAAGAGUAUAUCAAGGAUGAGCAACGUAAUCUAAAAAAAGAAUAUUUACAUGCGCAAGAAGAAGUUAAACGUAUUCAGAGUGUACCUUUAGUUAUUGGACAAUUUCUUGAAGCCGUUGAUCAGAAUACUGGUAUAGUGGGUUCUACAACUGGCUCAAAUUAUUAUGUACGAAUUUUAUCUACUAUAGACAGAGAACUUUUGAAGCCUUCUGCUAGUGUAGCGCUUCAUAAGCAUAGCAAUGCUUUAGUCGACGUGCUGCCACCAGAAGCUGAUUCCAGCAUAUCAAUGUUACAAGCAGAUGAGAAGCCAGAUAUCCAGUACAGCGAUAUAGGUGGAAUGGAUAUGCAGAAACAAGAGAUCAGAGAGGCAGUAGAAUUGCCUCUUACUCAUUUUGAAUUAUAUAAACAAAUUGGCAUUGACCCACCACGAGGUGUGCUUAUGUAUGGGCCACCUGGUUGUGGAAAAACUAUGUUGGCAAAAGCAGUUGCUAGACAUACUACUGCUGCUUUUAUUCGUGUAGUGGGCUCUGAAUUUGUGCAAAAGUAUUUGGGCGAAGGACCAAGAAUGGUGCGAGACGUGUUUCGUUUGGCUAAAGAAAAUUCACCAGCCAUAAUAUUUGUCGAUGAAAUAGAUGCUAUUGCUACAAAAAGAUUUGAUGCUCAAACUGGAGCAGAUCGUGAAGUGCAACGUAUUCUCCUGGAAUUACUGAAUCAAAUGGAUGGUUUUGAUCAGACAACUAAUGUUAAAGUUAUUAUGGCAACAAAUAGAGCUGACACAUUGGAUCCCGCAUUGCUUCGUCCUGGUAGACUGGAUCGCAAGAUUGAAUUUCCGUUACCCGAUCGACGUCAGAAACGUUUGAUUUUCUCUACGAUUACGGCAAAGAUGAAUUUGAGCGAAGAAGUGGAUCUUGAGGAUUAUGUAGCACGGCCAGAUAGAAUUUCUGGUGCUGAUAUUAAUGCUAUCUGUCAAGAGGCAGGAAUGCACGCAGUCCGUGAAAAUCGUUAUAUAGUUUUAGCAAAAGAUUUUGAAAAAGGUUAUAAAAACAAUAUUAAGAAAGACGAAUCUGAGCACGAGUUCUAUAAGUAAAACUGAUAUAAUACUUCGUCUCUCGACUUACGGUGUGUGUGUAUAUAUAUCUAUAUUUAUAUAUAUACAUAUAUAUACAUAUAU